CUCUUGUUUAGAUGAGGCUAAGUAAACACGGAAAAAGUGCUCUAUUGCUUAAUUCAGUCUGUAUUCUGCACAAUCCUAUUGCAUGACCUAAGCACAAUUUCACACAGGGAUACCUCUUAUUCCAGAGUCCAGUGACCAUUAGACUAGCAGACCCCUGAUGACAGUAGCUUGGCAAAACAUUAAUUAUCAAUUUUAUUGUUUACAGCAAAUGCAAAAACUGUAAAUUAUCUAAUUGCUGCUGAUGGAAAUCCAUGGGUUUGGGUGUUGGGAGAAGAUGAAGAUGACAAACAAGACUUUUAUGAAGUGUUGAAGAAGAGGAAAGAGUUAGAGGCUGAGGCAGAAGAUGAAAAGAAAGCAAAAGAACUUGCUCAUAAAGAGAUUGAAGAGAUGAAGAGGAAGGAACUUGAAAGGUUGGAAGAAGAAAGACAAUGGAAAGAAGAGCAGGAGAGGUUAGCAAGGGAGGCCGCAGCCAGGGAAGCUGAAAAGAAAAGGCUUGAAGAGGAAGCAAAGAUUGCUGCACAAAAAGCAGAAGAGUUGAGGAAAGAGGAAGAAAGGAAACGUCAAGAAGAGGAGAGAAAGAAACGAGAAGAGGAACAACGUAGAAAGCAAGAGGAAAGACGGAAACAGGAGGAAGAAAGGAAGCGACGCGAGGAAGAGGAAAGAAGAAAGGAAGCUGAGCUAAGAGAGAAACGAAAGGCAGUUGAAGAGAAACGAAAAGCUGAAGAAGAAAAGAGAAGGUUAGAAUUAGAGAAGAGAAGGGAAGUAGAAGAACUUGCUAGAAAGAAAGCUGAAGAGGCUCAGAGAAAAGCUGAAGAGGAAAGAAAAGCAAGGGAGAAGGCCUUAGAGGAGUCACGAAGAAAGAAACUUGAACAGGAAGCGCUUGAAAAAGCUCGUCAACUGGAAGAAGAGAAGCGAAGAGUGGAAGAACAGCAAAAAGAAGCAGAGAGGAAGCAAAGAGAGGUGAUAGCUCGUCUACAGCAAAGGAAAGCAGAAAAAGAGCGUAGAGAGAAAGAACUAUUGGAAAGUGAAACUAAACGAGCGCAAGAAAUUUACGUUAGCUUGAGGAAGGUGCGCGAAGCGCUUAAAAAGAAAGAAGAAGACGAAAUGAAAAAAGAGGAUGAAGCCUGGAGACAACAGGAACUAAAGGCUCAAGAGGAGGAACAACGAAGACGAAGCUCUGUCAGCUUAGCGCGGAGAGAGGUAAUAAGAGAACGAGAAGAGGCUAAGAGGUUAAGCAUGGUAGAGGGUCCAAGGAGAUCAUUCAGUGUUAAACCACAGAGGCCGCCUCCUCCUGUGCCUGCUAGCAGACCAGGAGAUAACAAGCCUGCGCUUCCUGCCAGACCCCCGCCUCCCAGCAACAGAAUCUCAAUGCCCCCAGCAGUCGCAGCGGCCCCAGCGGCCCCACUAAGACCGAAAAGGAGUGUAAAACCCAAGAACAAAAGAAACGUGAUCGAGUGGUUUCAACAGGAAGAACUUGUUAAGAGAAUCUGCUACGAUGGUGAUAAGAUACUACCUUAUUUUCAUGGAAUCAUCUCUCGGCAAGAUGCUGAGAACUUACUUGUUAACAAGCCUCCAGGUUCGUUUUUGGUCCGUGUCAGUGAAAGGGUCUGGGGAUACACCAUCACUUACCGUGCCCCGGAGCGCUGCAAGCAUUAUCUUGUAGACACCAGCGAGAACACUUAUCAGUUUUUUGGCCACAAUCAGAUCGCACACGAAACUCUGAAAGAUUUAGUGGAAUUUCAUAAAAUUAGGCCAAUCACUGGAGUCGGCCAAGAACUUUUAAAACUUCCCUGUGGUCAAGAUAGCGAGCCACCAGAUUACCAAGAGCUUUUGACAUCUGUAGAUAAUCCAGAGUCUUUCUCGACGAAACUUUAAUGAUCACUAGUGCCGAGGAUUUCUGUGAAAACUGUAAGAAGACAUCGUACAACCGUAUAAUGUCUUUAUUUAGAGAUAAAAUAACGAUGAACGACCGACCGAUGGUAGUAUUGUCGAAUUCUGAUUCCACCGGGGCAUCCUGAUAUGUUUUGCAUUUUACCCCUAGGUCACUGUUGAGCUGACUUUUACUGCGUAAAGUUAAUGCCGUUCAGUUUAACGUACGUAGCGAGGGUAGAACGUUUUCUUGUGUUCCGUUGCAGUUAAAACCUAGGGAAGCAAAAAGAACAAGAAAAAAAUUGCGUUUUUGUUUCAGUAGCUUCUUUGUUCUUAGUUGGAUCCGCUGGAUAAACCUUUUCACACCGGCACCUUUGUUAAGUUUGCUGUGAGCUUGGAACUCAAUCUCCGAAGACAUUUCGACUUCACUCCCAGUUGGUCGGUCAUUCAUAUUUGAAUUGUGACUUAGUAAACUAUUGUUAAGAAACUAUUGCUUUAUUUUGAAUCUCCCGCGAUAGACUUGUGUCCAACAAACACUUUAAGUGUACUGUAACUCUUAUCACAAUUAUCGACUAAAGUUUUGAAAAGAAAUCAAAUUACUAUAAUAUAGCCAGAGUAUAGCAUUGAUAAAUUAAUAAAUAUUAAUGUCCUCAUAUUUUGGUUAGCACAGAGAAACAAAUUAUCUGUAAGAUUUUUUCAGAAGACAAUUUCAGCAUGAUCUGGACUAAAACAAAAUUGCCAGUAACGUAGUUUUAGCAGCUAAGACGAAGAGCGUGUUUGCAUCCAUUCCACUGACUCUGUUGAGUUCCAAGCAUCUUAACUGAUUGAGAGUUUAAUUAGAUGAUUAUCUCCAUUCUCCACAACUUAUGCUUCACAGUGUAUCGAUAUUAUAAGAGAAAUUAGAUUUUGAUUAGUCCUGGGAAUUAAAUCAGCAAUAAAUGAAACAUUUUUUCAG